ACCGCAGGCGGAUCGGGGACCAGUUCUCCAUCUACUUUUAAAUUUUAUUGGAUGAAGCUUGCUUUGGGACCAAAGCUGGUGUGAAGGUCUGGAAUCAGUUCUUUAAACCUCUGAGGGUGGUGGUGGAGGGGGUGAAGCCGGGGGGACAGGACAGGUCUGUGUAUGGUCCACUCACAGGGCUGGGUGUCUCAGAAAAUAUGGCCAUGGUGAGCGGGGGAUGGGGGAACCCCAACGGGGACACCAACGGGCUGGGGGACAAGGCUUACCUGAAGAGGGAGGACGAGGACGGGUCGCCCCAGGCUGGGAGCAGCGACGUGGACGUCGGGGACGAGGACAAGGCCUGCGUGGUGGACUGUGUGGUGUGUGGGGACAAGUCCAGCGGGAAACACUACGGUGUGUUCACCUGCGAGGGCUGCAAGAGCUUCUUCAAGAGGAGCAUCAGGAGGAACCUCAACUACUCCUGCAGGUCAAACAGAGAAUGCCAGAUCGAUCAGCACCACCGUAACCAGUGUCAGUACUGUCGUCUGAAGAAAUGUUUCCGAGUCGGGAUGCGCAAAGAAGCCGUCCAGCGAGGUCGAAUCCCACCGUCUCACUCAGGUAUCAGUCCAAACUCCCUCUCUGGAGUGGUCGGACCAGCAGGUCCAGGCCCCGUUGGGGCAGACUACUUUAAUGGACAACCGGUGUCAGAACUCAUCUCUCAGCUCCUCCGGGCCGAGCCGUAUCCCAGCAACCGCUAUGGUACCCCCUACCCUCAGCAGAUGCAGGCGUCGGCGAGUGGAGCCUCAGUCAUGGGCAUCGACAGCAUCUGUGAGCUGGCCGCACGUCUUCUUUUUAGCACCAUCGAGUGGGCCAGAAACAUCCCAUACUUCCCAGAACUCCCAGUUUCAGAGCAGGUGGCGCUGCUGAGACUGAGCUGGAGUGAGCUGUUCAUCCUAAAUGCAGCUCAGUCUGCUCUACCUCUGCACAUGGCUCCUCUACUGGCAGCAGCUGGGUUCCACUCCUCUCCCAUGUCUGCAGAGCGGGUUGUCUCCUUCAUGGAUCAGGUCCGGGUUUUCCAGGACCAGGUGGACAAGCUGAACCGGCUGCAGGUGGACUCAGCUGAGUACAGCUGCCUUAAAGCCAUAGCACUCUUUUCUCCUGAUGCAUGCGGUCUGACAGACCCAGCCCAUGUGGAGUCCCUGCAGGAGAAAGCCCAGGUCGCCCUGACCGAGUACGAGAGGCUGCAGUACCCCAACCAGCCUCAGCGCUUUGGCCGCUUGCUGCUGCGCCUCCCGGCUCUGCGCGCCGUGCCAGCUAACCUCAUCUCCCAGCUCUUCUUCAUGAGAUUGGUGGGCAAGACGCCGAUCGAGACGCUGAUCCGAGACAUGCAACUAUCAGGGAGCUCCAUCAGUUGGCCCUAUGCCCCGGGACAGUAACACCCCCCCAUACACCCUGCUAUCUCAGGGCCUCAGGGGGAGACAGACUAUGAGAUCAGGUUUUCAAGGAAUCCGAGUUCCCAGAAAGUAUCUGAAUGUCAUAAAUGCUGUUUUAUGUUUUUAAAGUCCCAGUUUGGGACACUUCUCUCCAGUUUUGAUAGAAAACGUUUGCAGCUCUGCUCUGACUUUUGGCCGAUCUCGCUCUUUGGUCGUCUCGCUCUGAGUAAACAGGGCUUUCAUUAAAACACGCGCUCACAUGAGGUCAUGUGCCUCUUCUACCUCCUCCCAUAUGACCCUGAAUGUGACUCCCGUUUGAACCCAGGCUUUGUGUGCUCUUCCUGUUUUGUUGUGUCGUCCAAAAUGAUGCUGUAGCAGCCACGAGCGCUCCACCAGGCAGUGCAGACCACCUUCUGAAUGUCAUGAACUCAGUUUGAGUGAACACAGAUGUCAUUUCUUUGUAAUCAGACUGCAGGGAUGGGCAAGUAUUAAAAUAUGCCCUGGUGUUCAGCCAGUCACAUCCCUGUAGAACAUUAUUACCUCAUGUUUUCUACAUCUGAAUCAGAGAUUGUACAACAAACUACUCGUGUACAUAAAGGGAUUAACCCAAACUGAAGGCUUAACUGUUUAAAAAGGUUCGUAAAAUGUAAAGUUUGAUGGGAGAAAACACAGUGAUGAAUUUCUGCUGCCUGGACUCUGUUUCUUUUAUAAAAGUGAACUUUUUUCUUGUUUCUGUACCUUUUAAAACUCUUGACGGAUGGAAAUCAAGUUAUAUAACGACUAUCUGAUGUCCUCUGAUGUUUAGGAGUAUAAGUGUGUAUGGAGGUAAAGGUACUUAAUGGUUCCUGAGAGUUGCCAUAAACUGCAUCAUCAUGUUAUACUAAAUUGCCAAAAUUGUUUACUGAAACAAUUUGAUGAACAAGUUUAUGGUAUGAAUGAAUUAUCAGAUGUUUUAUGGGCAAAAUAAUGAUAAGGAAAGAAUGGCCCAGAUCCCUAAUGCUGGCAUCACUUUUUGUUCAUUUGUUGAAAAUUUAACUUUAGUGAUUUGAAUGUGUAGCUUCAAGUGUAAAUUCAUGUUUUUAACUACACCAAAACUAAAAAAGACAAAACAUA